UAAGCAAGAAUUCCCUAUCCUGAUCAAGGCUUUAAGCCUAAAAGAAAGCAGAAAUAGGCACCACCAGCAAUAGAGAUGAGAAAUUCUGAAGAACAGCCAAGCGGAGGAACCACAGUAUUGCAGCGUCUGCUACAAGAGCAGCUUCGCUAUGGCAAUCCUAGUGAGAAUCGCAACCUACUUGCCAUACACCAGCAAGCCACAGGAAAUGGCCCUCCUUUCCCCAGUGGCAGUGGGAAUCCAGGUCCUCAGAAUGAUGUGUUGAGUCCUCAAGACCACCACCAACAGCUUGUGGCUCAUGCUGCUCGACAAGAACCCCAGGGGCAAGAAAUUCAGUCAGAAAACAUCAUCAUGGAGAAGCAGCUGUCCCCUCGAAUGCAGAAUAAUGAAGAACUCCCGACCUAUGAAGAAGCCAAGGUCCAGUCCCAGUACUUUCGGGGCCAACAGCAUGCCAGUGUUGGAGCUGCCUUCUAUGUCACUGGAGUCACCAACCAGAAGAUGAGGACCGAGGGACGUCCAUCAGUUCAGCGACUCAAUCCUGGGAAGAUGCACCAGGAUGAAGGACUCAGAGACCUUAAGCAAGGGCAUGUCCGUUCCUUGAGUGAACGUCUGAUGCAGAUGUCACUGGCCACCAGUGGAGUUAAGGCCCAUCCACCUGUUACCAGCGCUCCCCUCUCCCCACCACAACCCAAUGACCUCUACAAGAAUCCCACAAGUUCCGGUGAAUUCUACAAGGCCCAAGGGCCACCUCCUAACCAGCAUAGCCUGAAGGGCAUGGAUCACCGAGGCCCCCCACCAGAAUAUCCCUUCAAGGGCAUGCCACCCCAGUCUGUAGUGUGCAAGCCCCAAGAGCCAGGGCACUUCUAUAGCGAGCAUCGCCUGAACCAGCCAGGGAGAACAGAGGGGCAACUGAUGAGGUAUCAGCACCCCCCUGAGUAUGGAGCAGCCAGGCCAACGCAGGACAUCUCACUGCCACUGUCAGCCAGGAACUCUCAGCCUCACAGCCCUACUUCUUCCCUGACAUCUGGGGGUUCCUUGCCCUUGCUGCAGUCUCCACCGUCCACUAGAUUGUCUCCUGCCCAACACCCCUUGGUUCCAAACCAAGGGGACCAUUCAGCUCACCUGCCUAGGCCGCAGCAGCACUUCCUUCCUAAUCAGGCUCACCAGGGGGAUCACUACCGCCUCUCCCAGCCUGGCCUGAGCCAGCAGCAGCAGCAACAGCAGCAGCAGCAGCAGCAGCACCACCACCACCACCACCAACAGCAGCAGCAGCAGCAGCAGCAGCCAGGAGAAGCCUAUUCAGCUAUGCCUCGGGCUCAGCAAUCUGCUUCUUAUCAGCCCAUGCCUGCAGACCCUUUUGCCAUUGUUUCCCGAGCCCAGCAGAUGGUUGAGAUCCUCUCGGAUGAGAACCGGAACUUGCGCCAGGAGUUGGAAGGAUGCUAUGAGAAGGUGGCAAGACUGCAGAAGGUGGAAACAGAAAUCCAGCGUGUCUCAGAAGCAUAUGAGAACCUUGUGAAGUCAUCCUCCAAAAGAGAGGCCCUGGAGAAAGCCAUGAGAAACAAGCUGGAGGGUGAGAUUCGGAGGAUGCAUGACUUCAACAGAGAUCUGAGAGAGCGCCUAGAGACUGCCAACAAGCAGCUUGCAGAGAAGGAGUAUGAGGGAUCAGAGGACACCAGAAAAACCAUCUCUCAGCUCUUUGCAAAAAAUAAAGAAAGCCAGCGGGAAAAGGAGAAGCUGGAAGCGGAGCUGGCCACUGCUCGUUCUACCAACGAGGACCAAAGGCGACACAUCGAAAUCCGAGACCAGGCUCUGAGCAAUGCCCAGGCCAAGGUGGUGAAGCUGGAAGAAGAGCUGAAAAAGAAGCAAGUGUACGUCGAUAAGGUGGAGAAGAUGCAGCAGGCCCUCGUACAGCUCCAGGCGGCGUGUGAAAAACGUGAGCAGCUGGAACACCGUCUCCGGACACGACUGGAGAGGGAGCUGGAAUCCCUCAGAAUCCAGCAGCGCCAGGGCAGCUCUCAGCCCACCAACGUUUCGGAAUACAAUGCCGCUGCACUGAUGGAACUCCUUCGGGAGAAGGAAGAGAGGAUCCUGGCCCUGGAAGCUGAUAUGACGAAGUGGGAGCAGAAGUAUCUGGAGGAGAAUGUGAUGAGGCAUUUCGCUCUGGAUGCUGCUGCAACCGUGGCUGCUCAGAGGGACACAACAGUCAUCAGCCACUCUCCUAACACCAGCUAUGACACAGCUCUAGAAGCUCGCAUCCAGAAGGAGGAAGAAGAAAUCCUGAUGGCCAACAAGCGUUGCCUUGACAUGGAGGGCAGGAUUAAGACCCUCCAUGCCCAGAUUAUUGAGAAGGAUGCCAUGAUCAAAGUACUCCAGCAGCGUUCCCGGAAGGAGCCAAGUAAGACAGAGCAGUUGUCGUCCAUGCGGCCAGCAAAGUCUCUGAUGUCCAUUUCCAAUGCCGGAUCAGGCUUGCUCUCCCACUCGUCCACCCUGACUGGCACCCCCAUCAUGGAAGAGAAGCGAGACGACAAGAGCUGGAAGGGGAGCCUAGGUAUUCUCCUGGGUGGAGACUACCGUGCUGAUUAUGUCCCUUCUGCACCCUCGCCUGUGCCCCCCUCAACUCCCCUGCUCUCGGCUCACUCCAAGACAGGCAGCCGAGACUGCAGCACCCAAACAGAACGUGGAACGGAACCGAACAAAACUGCAGCUGUCACUCCCGUCUCUGUUCCUACUCCAAUUGCUGCUGCCUCCACUGCUGCCGCCAUCACUGCCACUGCUGCCACCAAUACUGCCAUCGCUGCCACCAACACCACAACCAUGGUAGCUGCUGCUCCAGUUGCUGGUGCUGCUGCUGCUCCAGCUGCUGCUGUUGCUGCUGCCGCUGCUGCCCCGUCUCCAGCAACUGCUGCCGCUAUUGCUGCUGCUGUUUCUCCAGCUGCUGUUGCUCCGAUUCCAGCUGCUGCCUCUGCUGCUGCUGCUGCUGCUGCUCCUGCUGCUGCUGUUCCAGUUGCUCCAGCUGCUCCGGCUCCGGUUCCAGCUCCGGCUCAGGUUCCAGUUCCAGCUCCAGCAGCAGCUCAGGCUUCUGCUCCGGCUCAGACUCAGGCUCCAACUCCAGCUCCGGCUGCGGCUUCUACUCCAGCUCCACCUUCAACUCCAGCUUUGGCUCAGCCUGAGGCUCCUGCAAGUCCAGCUACCGGUUCUGGACCACGUCGUUUGUCUACACCAAGUUUGACUUGCAAUCCAGACAAGACAGAUGGCCCUAUUUUCCACUCCAAUACUCUGGAAAGAAAAGCGCCCAUUCAGAUCCUGGGACAAGAGCCUGAUGCAGAGAUGGUGGAAUAUCUCAUCUAAAUGGCCAAAUCAAGAGCUGCAGUUUAUCAGCAAGAAUGCUUUUAAUCAUUUUCCCCUUUCGUUUGUUCUUAUGUGGAGGGUGAGGACAAGGGUUGGGGGGAGGGGUGUUUUCUAAAGGGACUUUUUAUUGGAACAGUAGACUACUUAAGUAAUACCAUAUGAACUCCAGUCUAUUCUGGUAUACUUAGGGAGUACAUCUAAAGACAGAUUAAUCGGAAUGUGCUCUAAAGUAUAUUGCUUGGGUUUACCCAAAUACUGGGGCUGUUAACAGGUGGUUAUACAUGGAUAUGUUCAAUGUGCUUAAAUUUGUUUAAAAGUUCCGUAUUCCAGAUCAUUUUUCAUUGAAGAGCACAGUAUGUGUGGAAGACAGUGUGUAACAUGUAGUUUGGAAGUGGGAAGCCGGAGAGAAUUUGAGUGUAUGCUGUUUUGUAUAGUUAUUAUCUCGACAGCAGCCGGAGAAAGUUCUCGCCUCAGGCUCACAAAAGGGAAUAGUUUAGGAGCUAUGUAAGCUGGAGCAAAGGUAGGGAGUUUUGGGGUGCACAAGGGUUGCUGGAGCUAAUUUUUCCUCCCAGUUUCCCAGCUACCCUGCCCCAAGGGAUUGUGUUUAUCUUCAUUUCAGUGGUGCUUUGGAAGUGGAUUCUUUUGGUUCCCUCCUGGAGGUUCAUACAUUCAUAUAUAUGCUCUGGAGUAAUUUAUGCAUUGGGAUAAUUAAUAUAUUGCUUUCAGAUGCUAGGAGAGUAAAUAGUAACUGAGUGAUGCCCAACUUCCUCUCUCUGAGGGAGUUAGACCAUCAGAGGCCUUGAUGGAGAGUCGCAUGAGGUGCUGCAUGCAGACAUUUUUAGCCUGCAUGUAGCCGUGAACACAGCUCGCUUGUCUUUUCUAAGACCACUUGGCUUAGUGUUUAUUUCUUCUAUAGCACAGAUUCACUGGCUGGGUUACCAGUCUCAAGUUGCCAAUCAUUUGCAAACUGAGGAAGCAUCUUUGUUGACAGGUUGAACACUUUGAAUUUCUAGUGACUAUUUAGAAAUAAUUCAUUUGGUUUUCCCAAAUUCUUAGCAUAUGUCUUAACGGGCAUUUUUGACCAUCACCUCCAAGGGAAUAGCAUCAGAAGCCCAAAGUACUAUGCUGCAGUUGGGGUUGGGGGAGACGCUGAUUGCAGCAGUAUCCUCAACUAACUCUUCUCACUGCCCAUGACUCCGUCUUGGAAUACCUUUGGGAAGCAGCAGGAAACGUGCAUGUGGGCAGGGACCAAAGGAGGCAAUGAUUUCAAGCCUUGCCAUUGGGCUUCCUCCAUGGACACAGAGGGAUGCCAGUUGCCACAGGUCCCUGCCCUGUGUCACCUCUCUGCCCUUCACUAAGGUAACAGAUCCACAGAUAGCAUCAUCAAGAUCAGUUUUCAGGGGUAUAGGGAGGGUGAGGGGAGUGGGGGGGUUAGGUAAGGGUUGGGGGUAGAGGUUUGGGGAUGUGUUAGUUAGAAACCAGAUUAAUAGAAGAAUAGGCCUGAUAUAUUAUAUCAUGAGCCAUAGUGGCAGGAAGGAACUUUAGCAGUGUAGCCCUACCCCCUCAUUUUAGUGGUGAAGUAUCUGAGACUUGGAGAGGUUCAGUGACUUUUCCAAGGUCACACAGCAUAGCUGUCUACUCUGCCAAUUACCAUGCUUAUUUUGGGAAACCCUUAUUUUAAAAAAAGCCCAUUUUAUGAAAAGGCACCUUCACAAUCGAGGGCACGUGUAUUUUGUAAAAUGUCCCUGGCUUGAAUAGUCUGUCCAGGAUUCAGAACCCCUAUCUUGCCUCUCCUGUAGUGCCUUGUGCAAGGUUCUCCCUUUCCUUAUCCACAUUUCAACAUUUAGUCACAUUAAAUGUCCCCCUAAGAAAUCAAACUCCACUUCUUUUCUCACGAUGAGAUCAUGUGUCUCAGAUCAUCUUACAAGGUUCCUCUGUGAGUACAGGAAUGGUGUCUUUCCUAAUUAUAUUCCAAAGGAAUUAUUUUGCAGGUUGGGGGGAGACAAGACAGAGGGUGAUGUGAUUUUCAGCCAGUCUUUUCACAAUUUCAAUAAUAAAGUGACCAUCCCACUUACACAUUAGUCCUCACUUAUAAAGUGAAUCCCAAAUAGAAAUUAAAAAGUAUAGUUGUGUUAUAAUUCAUUCAUACCACUCUUUAGUCAUAAGAAAUUUUAAAAAAACUCAAGUAGUAGAAGCAGCAAGUGGAAAAUUUCAAAAGAGCUCCUUUCUAUCCAAAUAAAUAAGUAAAAAUAAAAAUAAACUUUUCAUCUGCUCCUUUCAUGGUUAUAACUCAUUGCCAGAAUGUUUGCAGGCUCUGAGAGCCAUGAUUUUAAUCACAUUCUGUAAGGUGAAAAAUGUCAUACAUUCCACAUUGUGUGGCAGCCAUCUCUUUAGACUCAUGUGUUUUAGGAAAAGGAGGAAGUUCUUGGCUAAGUACUGCUUUGAACUUUCUAGAACACCUCUGUCUUCUCACACCAGAGGCAGUCCGUCUCUGCUCAGUUUUCAAUCCCAGGUAAUUUGCUAAAAUAACAUUGCACGUCUAAGAGAGGGAAGAAGACCAUGUCGGUGUAUUAUGCUUGGGGAGGAGAUACAGUCUUUUCAGAAAAUCUCUACUAGUUGUCAUUUUAAAAAUUCAGGUUUAUGGGAGAAAUCUCAAGUUAGCCACCUUUUCUCACUUGUGUGGAUGUAACAUUUGGGGGAUCUUUCUGAACUCCCACCUAUCUAUGCAUUUUACUGGUACCUCAGGACAGGAAGGUGACCUUGUUGUCUCAACUUGUACUGCCUGGUGGUCUCUGAGGACCUUCUAAUUCAGCUGCACCCCAAUGUCCCAUGUACAGGAAAGCUUCAUUAGAACAAACUUUUACUUGAUAUAAAACUCCUAUUAACAGGUUUUUUUUGAAAUAAAGGUAGUUGAGCUUUCUUUUAAAAUUAUGUAUCUUGAUUGUUGAUUUAAUGAAGGAUUUACUUUCAGUGCUGCUUUUGAGCUUCAGGGUGACAGGACAGCAGGAACCUGAAAUAUCUGCCAUCAUCUGCCAUAGGAAACGUACCAGGAGACCCGUCAUGUUCUCUUUUUGUUGUUACACUGUUGGGUGGGUAUAACAAUUGGAAAAUAAACAAACUGAUUGUGCAAACUACUUUGUCGGAAAAGCCUAAACACUCAUAAUGCGGCAGCUUAAAGUGUAUACGUGUGCACUAACUUUGAUAAAUUAUAUUCUCAUGUCUGUUAGCCAUACAGUCUUCUGUUAUCUCAAUUACUCAUUCACAUAUGGAAUAUGUUACUUAAGAUGUGUGCAUUCUUACUGAAAAUAUUUUCAAAGGAAGGUAUCAGCUGUGGGCUAAUUGCCACCAAUUUCAGCCUGCCACAAUCCUUGGAAAUAUAUCUUCCAAGUGCCAUCCAUCAUCAGUAGGACAAGUGUCGGGAGUUUGUUUAUUUUUUUCUGGUAGCAACGAUGGGUUACGUGGAGCCAUCCAACCUCCUUCUGGCCUCCCUUGUGAUUAAUGGCAUGUGUUUAUAAAAUGGAUAGCUGAGGUUGGCAGAUGGCUAGAGAAGAAUCGCCUUUGGUUUAAAAUGUAUGUGGUCCCGUAAUGAUUGUGACCCCAUUCUGUAAUCAACUGAGUUAGUUCCAAUAAAGUUAAGCAGGUUUAAAUCCACUUUGUGCCUAUCUUUUCACUGACAAUAAAGUUAGCUAUUUUAAAAUGCA